AUGAUAAACAAGAUUCUCUGGCCUGAUGAAACCACGAUUGAACUUUUUGGCCUUCAUGCCAAGGGUCACAUCUGGAGGAAACCUGGCACCAUCCCUACGCUUGGAGUGGUGUACACUGAGGGAGGCAUGGUGCAGGGAAAGAACAUCAAUUCUGAUGGACUGUUCCGCACCAUGGACGUCUUCAAAGGAAUCCCCUUCGCUGACAAGCCCGGCAAGUUUGAGAAGCCCAAGCGUCACCCUGGAUGGGAUGGUGUUCUCAAGGCCACUAAGUUCAAACCGAGGUGUAUGCAGCUGAACCUGCUCCAGUCAGACACCCGUGGCCAAGAGGACUGCCUCUACCUGAACAUAUGGGUCCCUCAAGGCAGCAGCGGUACGUAUUAUGUUGCUGAGAAAGUGGGCUGCCCCAAGGAUGAUCAGAUGAUGGCCUGCCUGAAACUUAUUGACGCUAAUGUUCUCACUCUGGCCGGUACCACGGCCCUUGGUGGUUCUCCCUCCAGUGAGUAUUUACUGAGAUUAAUGUACGGAGCUGUGGCACGCUGUGAGAAAGACACUGAGGAGGAUCACCCCAUGGUAGACAACCUGGUCCUCUCCCCUGUGAUCGAUGGGGACUUCAUGCCAGAUCACCCAGGCAACCGUUUCCACAAUGCCGCUAACAGCGACCACCACGCUAGGGUCAACAGCAUGGAUGCCCACCUCUUCACUGGCCCGGACAUUAUUUACCUGGGAGGAAGAGGGCUGAUUGGUUACCUGGGAGGAAGAGGGCACUCUUGCAUCUCACUUUCUCACUACAGGUCAGACGUGAAACUGCUCUUGAGUUCUUUGACUAAGAAGGGAGAGGCCGCUACAAACAACGCUUUCGCAGAGUACACGGCUGACUGGGGAGAUGACCCUAGACAGAAGACAAUCAAGAAGACCGUUGUUAUGAUCGAAACUGACUACAUCUUCCUGGUUCCUACCCAGGUUGCUCUCUACCUGCAUGCCUCUAAUGCCCAAUCUGCACGCACCUACUCCUACCUCUUUUCGGAGCCCAGCCGCAUGGCCGGGAUAGUCCAACCUUACCCCAGCUGGAUGGAGGCUGACCAUGCUGAUGACCUGCAGUAUGUGUUCGGCAAGCCCUUCACAACGCCCCUGGCAUACUGGCCCAGCCACCGUGACGUCUCCAGAUACUUGAUUGCCUACUGGACCAACUUUGCCAGGACUGGAGACCCCAACAACGGGGAGUCGAAGGUGCCUGUGACCUGGCCUGCAUACACCACCUCUGGGCAAAAGUACCUGGAGAUCAAUGCCCACAUGAACAAGAACUACGUCCAUGAGAAGAUGAGGGUGCGCUUUGUGAACUGGUGGUUUAACAUUUUUCCCAGCCUGCCCUCCAUCUGAGAAAGCUCUCACUGAGCACAGGCUCCCUGAUGCAUCAUUCACAGCUAUACAAAUUGGUCUUGUCAUGUCACAAAUGCAAGGUUACCAGUAUCACCAGAUCUAUUUCUGAUUGUAACAAUUUUUUUCAUUGGCAAAUUAAAUUAAUG